AUGCCUACCGGGCAGGUUCUGCUGUACUCUGGCUUGCGAAGCGAAAACGCUCAACGUGCCAACCGGGUACGGGGAGUAGGCUUCCUGUUGAGCCCAAAUGCACGUUCGGCGCUCAUUACGUGGAAGCCAAUAAACGAGCGGAUAAUCGUGGCUAGAUUCAGGACGCAGGUCAGAAACCUGACUUUCGUUCAAGUUUACGCGCCGACGGAUGCUGCCGACUUGCAGGAAAAGGAGGAGUUUUACAGUCAACUGAGCGGAGUUGUCAACGAGAUCCCGAAGGGUGACAUCCGAAUCUACGCAGGCGACUUCAACGCGAAGAUAGGCUCUGGCAACACAGACCUGGAGCGCAUCAUGGGGCCCCAUGGUCUUGGAGAAAUGAGCGAGAACGGUGAGCUGUUUACAGAGUUCUGUGGUAACCAAGACAUGGUGAUUGGGGGAUUGCUCUUUCCCCAUCGCUCAGUGCACAAAGUCACGUGGGUGUCACGUGAUGGAAGAACGGAGAAUCAGAUCGACCACAUCUGCAUCAGCCGCAAGUGGAGAAGAAGCCUGCUUGAUGUGCGGAAUAUGCGCAGCGCCGACAUUGCAUCCGACCACCACCUCGUUGUCGGCGAAAUACGACUACGGGUAGCGCGUGUCGUACGGCAAGAGGAGAAAGUCGGUUGUAGGUUCAACGUGCAACGUCUGUCGAAUCCCGAAGUAGCCAGGGCUUUUGUCGGCGAGCUCCAAGCCCGAGCCUUGGAGAUUCCGGACAGCACUGUUGAAGAGGAGUGGCAGUUCAUCAAGGACGCCUUCGCUGUUACCGGCGAGAAUACUCUGGAAUUGCUGCGAACUCAGAGGAAAGAGUGGAUUUCGGAUGCCACCUGGGAGGAAGCAGGCUAA